AUGCAGUUCAAGCUCAUCUCCAUCCUCGCCACCGCUCUGACGGUCCAGUCUGCCUACGCCAUGUCUGCCACCCAGAAAGGUCAGGCCAUGGAGCAGAGCGAGCAGAGCAAAAACGUCCACCAGCUCGAGCAGCUCGCUCACGAGAUCCACGUUAAGCAAUUGGCCGAGCUUCACCAGCUCGACAUCGCUCUCCCGCAACUCAACGCCUCUAGCAUUACUUCCACCUUGAACAGCGUGGCCAACGUGUUUGCCACCACCGGCAAUGCCAUCAGCAACGUCACUGCUGUUACACUUGCCCAGCAGCUCCCUAACAUCAUUAACAGUAUCAGCGCUCUGGCUGGAAACCUGGUCACCAACGUCGCCAGCAUCAUCACCACCCCGGUGACUUCCACCUUUGGCCAGGCUGACCAGCUGUCCAUCUACAACGCUUUCGCCACUCUCACGAAAGCCAACACGGACCUCAUCAACGCCUUCGUCGGCCCCAACGGUCUCGUCUCCAACUCUCUCCUCCGUGGCCCCAUCGGCGUUGUCCUCAACUUGAUUGAGCGUACCGUUGUCAACCUGGCCGGCGCCAUCAUUGCCCGCAUCCCCGCCUACGCCAACCAGGCCCAGACCCUGCUGAGCCAGAUCCACGGCUCUCUGGCACUGACCAUCAGCGUCUAA